AUGGUUGUGGGUAUCGUCCAUGCUGCCUGGCAGAUGGACACUCAGAUUCCAUUGGCGCGGCCUUUAUCGAAUUUCAGCGAUGAUGCGUUUGGGGACAUGAUCGCAAGCUCGUGGUAUGAUACUCUGAACAUCCCGGCAUAUAUCUCGUGCGCGUCAGCUGCAAUUCUUUUAUUCGAGAUUCUUCGAUGCAAGUUCAUCCAAUGCCUGCGUGGCGAGCAUUCCGUUCUCGGGAAGCCUCCAGUCGAGCCUUGUUCCGCCAAACAUAUAGAUCGUCACGGUGGCCCUACGAUUUUUGCAUUCAAGUGUGCCCGACUACUUGCUUGUAUUAUCUUGUUCUGUCUGUCUGUUCUUCCGUUGCUCUCCCUUGCAGAUGAUACGGUCGAAGCUGACGCAACCCUAUGGCGAGAUUUUGGACUUUGUGUAACAUAUACUUACGCAUCCCUCCUCGCACUUAUUUCGGUGAUUGCAAAGCCAACCAGAUCAGUGUCACGUCACCUCGCCAUUGUUCUGCUCUUUACUUGGGGUGUAUACAUGUAUCGAGAUGUCUGGCCUCUGGCAACGUUCACCCUGACGCCAAUAGACUCCGCAGAGGGGAGCCUGCUAUGGGGAAAGAUUUCUCUGCUGACGCUCGCAGCGGUUCUCGUACCUAUAUGUAUGCCUAACCGCCAUAUUCCUAUCGACCCAAGCGACCCAAUAGUAGCACAUCCUGAACAGACAGCUUCAAUUUUAUCCCUCAUGCUCUAUGGAUGGCUGGACAAGACUGUGUUGGAAGCCAAUCGCGUGUCUCACCUCGGCUUGGAAGGGCUCCCACCGCUCGCUGACUAUGAUCACACCAAGAAUCUAGUCAAGAGUUGUUAUCCAUGUCUCGACCCAUUCCAGAUAACGAAACGAAGGCAUCUCUUCUGGGGCCUUAUGAGAAUAUUCCGGACUCAAUAUAUUGUCCUCUGCUUGAUGUUGAUGUCUCGAACCGUCGCAUACCUUGCUAGCCCCGUGGGCGUGAACAGACUGCUUAACUACCUGGAAAAGGGCGGUGAAGGGCAGGUUGUCCGGCCCUGGGUAUGGAUCGCAUUCCUUUUCUUUGGUCCUGUCCUGGGGUCAAUUGCGUUCCAAUGGUAUUGUUACACGUCGACCACUACAAUCACUCGGGCCAAGGCAGUCAUCACUCAGCUCGUAUUCGACCAUGCUCUUCGAAUUCGUGUGAAAGCAGAAGUUGAGGAGAAUGGUUCAAAUUCAGCAUCAGAAGCCGUGGUGUCAGAAUCUGCGUCUAUGGUCAUACCUGCUACGUUUCAGGAGACAGCCGAAACUACAAGCGAGGACACGAUAAUACAGGAAUCGGCAAGCACCACCGAUAAUUCUUCCCUGGGAAAACAGCGUGCGCCGGAGACGAACUUGGUGAAUGACUCCAAGCAGAAGUCUGGGCCUGCUGAUGUCAAACAGGGUGCAAAUCUAUUAGGAAAGAUUAACAAUCUCGUCACAAGCGAUAUGGCCAAUAUCUCCCUGGGACGAGAUUUUCCUUUCUGGUGGAGAUUCCUCUUCAGAUCGCGCUUUGCACUUGGUUUCUGUAUUCGAUUUUGGGAUGGAGUUUGUAGCGCGCUUGUCGGGAUGAUGGUCAUGGCUGCAAUGGUCCCAUUGCCUGGCUGGAUCGCCUCCCUCCUCCAGAAUCUCCAAGUCAAGAAGAUGGAGAAGACGGAUGCCCGCGUACAAAGUGUCACAGAAAUUCUCAAUGUCAUCCGCAUGAUCAAGAUGUUUGGUUGGGAGGGACGUAUGCAAGAUCGACUAGCACAUAGACGGGAUGAAGAAUUGACUUACAUGAGGAAGUAUAAGCUACUUGACUUUUUGAUUGGUUACAUCAAUCACCUCAUCCCUGUCAUCACCAUGAUCGUAACUUAUACGCUCUUCACCGUUGUUAUGAAAGGCGAGCUGACUGCUUCCAUCGUGUUUUCAUCCAUCACCAACAUUGCAAUCGGAAAUGCAUUCGGUCUUUGGGAUGAUGCCAUCCAUUAUUCAAGGCAGGUGUCGCCCUUUCCACUUUCAAUGAGCUAUCUGACUGUUGGCGCAGCCAAAGUAUCCCUCGACCGUGUGAAUGAAUUCUUGCACGAAACGGAAUUACUCGACCAGUUCUCGAGUGGAACAUCCGACUCCGUCUUUUCAUCCGAAUUCCCUGGUAAUGAUAAUGACGUCAUCGGCAUCCGCGACGCGGCCUUUACGUGGACAAGUUCUAACGAUGGGACCUUGACACCCGGUCCUAAUCAGCGAAACUUCACCCUCCGUAUUGAGGGCGAGGUGACCUUCAAGCGUGGAUAUACCAAUUUGAUUGUUGGUCCCACAGGAUCGGGCAAGACGAGCAUGUUGAUGGCGCUCCUUGGAGAGAUGCAUUAUAUUCCCGCUGGCCCAGACUCUUUCGUCAAUCUGCCUCGCUCCGGUGGCAUCGCUUACGCUGCUCAAGAAUCCUGGGUUCAGAAUGAGACGAUUCGGGAUAACAUUUUGUUCGGGGCUUCAUACGACGAAGAGCGAUACAGUAAAGUAAUCGAGCAAUGUGGGCUCCGACGCGACCUGGAGCUCCUCGAGGCGGGCGACAAGACGGAGGUCGGAGAGAAAGGGUUAACUCUGAGUGGUGGCCAGAAGGCUCGCAUCACCUUGGCUCGGGCUGUCUAUUCAUCUGCGGAGAUCGUUUUACUCGACGAUGUGCUUGCAGCCCUGGACGUCCACACCGCCAAGUGGAUUGUUGAAAAAUGUUUCUGUGGAGAUUUGAUCCGGGGGCGUACAAUCAUCCUCGUAACACACAACGUAGCAUUGGCCAGCUCGGUAGCAGAGUUUGUGGUGUCAAUGGGAACAGAUGGGCGCAUCCACAGCCAAGGUUCGCUCUCAAAGGCGCUGGAAGAUGACAAGCUCCUUUCCACCGAGUUCGCGGAACAGCGUAAAGAGGAACUGAAAGUGGACAUUGAUGCUGAACAGCCUGCGCAAGAAAAACCAUCAGCCGGAAAGCUUAUCGUAGCGGAAGAGAUCGCUGAGGGACAUGUUGGCUGGUCUACUUGGAAAAUGUUCAUAACUGCUCUUGGGGGACAGCAUUCUCUUAUCUUCUGGACAGUCUGUGUUGGCACGUUUAUUGGUUCUGAAGUGCUAGCCACUUUGCAAAUAUGGUUCCUCGGGCUUUGGUCGCGGGAGUAUGAAACACAUCCUGCUUCGGAGGUACCAGUAUCAUAUUUUCUGUCAGGAUACACUGUCAUCCAGGUUGUAACCAUACUUUGUUUCACAACCUCAUAUGGGUCAUACAUUUUUGCAACUCUUCGAGCAUCACGAAAGAUUCAUACUACUCUGGUAACCUCCAUCUUAGGCACAACACUCAGGUGGCUCGAUAAAACGCCCGCUUCUCGUAUUAUUACUCGCUGCACGCAGGAUAUUCAAGCAGUUGACGGCGAGAUAAACCAGUACUUUUACUGGUUUAUGAUGCACAGUGGGACCAUAAUAGUGAAGCUAGGUUCAGUAGUAGUCAUGGCACCCAUUGCGUUUGUGUCUGGAGGAUUGGUCGCUGUCAUGGGCGGAUUGUGUGGUCAAGUUUACAUAAGAGCGCAACUAGCUGUCAAGCGGGAAGUGAGUGUAGCUGAGGCCCCGGUUUUGGGUCACUUUAAUGCUGCUAUUGCGGGGUUGACCUCCCUCAGAGCAUACGGCGUGCAGGAAUCGUUCAGGUUACAAUCGUUCAGCCGUAUUGACAGAUAUACAAGAACCACCAGGAUCCUCCACGCGCUGAAUCAGUGGAUCGCCAUACGCAUUGACACACUUGGAGCGCUAUUUACCACUAGCCUCGCAUCCUAUCUUGUGUAUGGACGAACCUUCAACGCCUCUAAUACGGGUUUUUCGUUGAAUGUGGCAGUUGCCUUCAGCAGCAAUAUCAUCUGGUGGGUGAGGCUGCUGAACGAACUUGAAGUCAGUGGUAACAGUUUGGAACGAAUUCAACAAUAUCAGGAAAUAGAGCAGGAACCGAAACCCAGCACGAAUCAUGCACCCCCGGCAUAUUGGCCUGCAAGUGGGACGUUGAGAGUAGAGAAGCUAUCUGCAAGGUAUUCCGAAGAUGGGCCUUGCGUCCUACACGAUAUCUCGUUUGAGAUUAAAUCAGGAGAACGUGUUGGAAUAGUUGGUCGCACCGGUAGCGGAAAGAGCUCCUUGACUUUGGCGCUUUUGCGUUGUAUUCUAACUGAAGGUGCUGUGUUCUACGACGGGAUUCGCACAGACACCAUUAAUCUUGAUGGUCUGCGGUCCAAGAUCACCAUCAUUCCGCAAGUCCCGGAGCUGUUGAGUGGAACACUGCGGCAAAACCUAGAUCCGUUUCAGCAGCACGACGACGCGGUUUUGAAUGACGCAUUACGCGCUGCUGGCCUGUUCUCUCUUCAAAGCGAGACGGACGAGAGCCGCAUCACUCUAGACAGUCAGCUUGCUAGUGCUGGGAACAAUCUCUCCGUAGGACAACGUCAGAUUCUUGCGCUCGCGCGAGCCAUUGUGCGGCAGAGCAAGCUAUUGAUAUUGGACGAAGCCACUUCUGCAAUCGACUAUGAGACCGACACAAUUAUUCAAGCCUCACUCAGACGGGAACUGGGGAAGGACGUGACGCUCUUGACGAUCGCGCACCGCUUACAAACGAUCAUGGAUGCAGAUAAAAUUAUGGUACUUGAUGCUGGACGCAUUAUUGAAUUUGGUAGACCUAUUGAUCUGUUGAACAAAGAGGGUGGAAUUCUUCGUACUAUGGUGCAGCAAUGGCUACGUAGUGUAGGAGCUCUUUUCGGAAGCAUCAGCUACAGCUUGUAUCGUUUUGCAUUCAAGUAA